UCUUUCCCUAACCUACCUGACUCGUGUUCUGCCGCAAUGGAGCCCAACAGGCCGGUUCCUGAACCACCCACAUCCUACGCCCUGGACAAUUUGGAACGGAAGCAACCGACGCCUCACACCAAGAAGCGGCAGAACGGGAGCAGUGACGCGCAGGGAUCCCUGCAUACACCCGGCAGCAGCACCAGCAGGAGCAACUUGGAAGAUGACGGCGAUGGCAGCGCCGCCGGAGCCCAGCCGCCGCCAAGCAAGAGCCAGAAGCGGCGCGGGAGGCACAACACGGCCUGCAAUUUUUGCCGGCAGCGCAAGGCACGCUGCAACAAUGAGCGUCCACGCUGUGGCUUCUGCAGAGCAAGCAACCAAGAGUGCAUCUAUGCCGAGGAGCAGGAGAGGCGUCAGCAACAGACUAACGAUGACAGCACUGCCGAUAUAAUAUCACGCUUGGAUGAGCUCAAGAAUUUACUUCUCGGCUCCACGGUGAUUGGGGCAGCGGCGGCAGCAGCACCAGUGGCUCCACCGCCGCCGCCGCCGCGGAACCCUCAGAGCCGCUGGCCCUCCGUCUCCGACUUUGACGGCGCCAAUAGCCCAUCCGCAAACAGCAGCAACAGCCACCGCAGCCCAUCCGGGGCGACGCAUUCGACCACUCCCGGACCUGGUGACGCCCGGGGUCGCGUCAAGCUGGCCGAGGGCAACUUCUUAUGGGCGUCGUGCGAAUCGAUCCUGCGAUGGCCGGCGUUGCGGGAUCUCCUUCUCCCGGAGGAGCAAAAUAUCCAGUCAUUUGUGCUGAGUUCAGACCUCGACUUUGACGAGGUUUUUGUGCCAAAGAAAACCGGAAUUCAAUCGACGCUUCCCAGGUUUCAGAGCCCAUCGGAUGCGGACAGUCCACGUCGCAGAAUCAGCGAGGUUGAGAUUGUGCCGCUAGUGGAUAAGUUUUUGAUGGAGGUUCAUGUGCGCAACCCGAUCCUGGACGAGGAGGAGCUGAGGCGGCAUGCGCGGGAUGUUGCCGGGAAUGGGAUGGGAUGGGAUGGGAAGACAUGUUUGGUGCUGAUAGCAUGUGCUCUCGCCUGUCUCUGGGCCGGAUGGCACCUACCACCACCCCCUGGAACCGUCACAGCCCCCUACUACCCAGAACGAGAAGACGUGCAAGGCGCAGCGGCGUUUUACCUCGAGGCCAGGAAGCGGUUUGGUUUUCUUCGGAUGAACAUUUUGGACCUCCAGUGCCUGCACCUGGCCAACAUGUUUGAGAAGUGCGCCUUUAGACCACUGAGGGCGUUCAAUCUGAUGCAAGCAGCGAGUCACCGGCUUCAGGUUCACCUACAGAGGAAGGCGUGGCGAGGAGAUGACAUCGCCAAGACCCCAGAGGCCAAGAAGGCGAGCAUGCUGGAGCAAAGGCUCUUCUGGUCGACAGUCAGGCUAACAAUGGAAUGCCUCAGCGAAAUACCACUCCAGACUACAGGCAUCGAACAGAUGGAAUACCCAGCCUACCUCCCCCAACUAGACGGUUCGGUCGCCAUGUCAGAAAACUUUGAGAGGAGCUGGUACUGGUUCCUAUCCGAGAUCUCAUGGCGGCGCAUGAUGUCCAACGCGGUGCAGACCCUCUACUCUGAGCAUGAUGCCGAGGACUGGUGGAUAGAAAACGUCGACGUUCUCAUGCGCAACUUUGACGAAUGCGAAAAGCAGCGCGUCGCCUCGAUCGAAUCCCUCCCCGAACACAUCAAAGCCGAAAUGAGAGACCCGAACCGACGCUUCGUGCGCGAGGCCACCACGCUCAUGACGGCCCGGCUCGACAUGUGGUUCUUUGUCAUCUCGAACCCGCUCGUCUACUUUGUCCUGCACUGCCCCGCGGGCUACGUCAUCCCGCGUGCUGCCCUCGACACCGCCCGCCGCUGCCUGGCCGUCGGCGGCGGCUACAUCCGCGACGUCUGGUUCCACCAGCGCCACGGUGGCUCCUGGCCCAUGGGACGCCGCAUGUUCAGCAUCUGCCUGACCAUGCUGGCCUGCGCUGCGGCCGCCGUCGGGGGGCCGGAGCGGCAGCGGGGGCUCCGUCCGCCAGAGGACUGGGUCUCUCUGUGCGUCAUGUCGCACAACAGCCUGGCGCGCUGGGCACACGAGUCCGAGGAGCGUUGGCGCAUGUGCGUGCUGCUCAGGCGCAUGACCACCGACGUCUGUGCGAGGCUGGGCAUGGCGCCGCCGUGGGGCUGGGCGGGCGACGAGGCCGGGUUCAGGCAGCCUGUGGAUGUGGCAAGAGAGCCGCAGUCGCCGUGGAGGGUUGUCAUUGGUGUCUGA